AUGAGACCGGUGUCCUCCCCCUGUCCGCCCCCCUGGACCUGGCCUGUGCUCAAUUACUCGCCAGCGCCCUCCAGCCUACUCAUACUUCUUUCAACAUCGUCUCCGCUCCCCCCCGGAGACCGCCCCAUGAAAGCGUCAAUCAAGACGAGAUUCAGCCACCUUGUGGCGCCUUUCCUGGCUGACGGCAUAAUGCCCGACGGUGCCUAUGGAGAGGCAAAACGCUCCCUCCGUAGGGAGAUAGCCACCCGUGUUGCGGCGACUGCCGUUAACAACGCUGUCCGCACAACCCCACCACCACCGAUUGCAGCAGAAGAGGCCUCGCUCCCUCGCCCUUACCGCUCAGCGCUAUCCCAGCUACGCUCGGGAUACUGCAGCUCCCUUGCGUCCUACACCCACAGGAUUGAUGAUACUACCUACAAUGCAUUGACACAGGAUGGCGGUAAAGCUAACGCAUUACUUCACUACUUCUGCUCCAAACAAUGCAACAAACCUGCUUCAAAAUUCUUGAGAAGGCUGAUAGAAAUGGAACAAGAGGUAAGCCGCUUGACAGAGCAUGUUGGGCGAGUGGACGGCAGGGUAGCCGAAAUCGAAAAGGGGAACUUUACACCUGAGAUGGCGGAUGCAGUGAAAGAAAUCACCCGCGACCAGGCUGCUGCCAACCCAGCAGGCACCUCCCUGGUGGAAGUAGAAAAUUUGAUAGUCAACAAAACCCAAGAAUUGUACAGCGAGGUAGUUGAGAGAGAUAGGAAGCAGUUAGUAGAGCUGGAAGAGAGAGUGAAACGUAAAAGUAACUUGAUUCUGUUUCAACUUGCCGAGAAAAAGAACCUAGACCGUGAGAGCAGAGCGAAGGAAGACAACGAACAGAUCAACAGACUCUUGGCGGAAAUCAAGGUUGACCACCGGCCCCUCGACCAUCGUAGAAUUGGUAAGUUCACCGAAGCUGUGGCACCACAAGAUCAGAAACGACGACCGGUGUGUCUCACUUUCUCUUCGGAGGCUGUGAGAGAUGAUGUGUUGAAGGCGUAUCAUAAGAUUAAGAAGUCACAAGCAGACGCUAACGACGGCGACAAACUCUGCUAUAAGCUCACCCUACGCAGGGACCUGACCCCCCAAGAAAGGGCGGAAGAGGACAAACUUUUUGAGGAACUCAAGUCCAAGAGGGCCCGGUCCCAAGCGUCGGGGGACGAGCGCGCGCGAUGGAUCCGCAGGAACGGCAAAGUAAUAAACGUGGGUCAGUACCCACGAGAGGAGGACGUGAAGUCAAACUUCAACGAGUUCAUCUUUGUGGAUUGUAUGGUGGACAGCGGGGAGCCUUUACUGCUUGGACUUGUGUACCGGAGCCCCAACAGUACUGUCGAUAACUGCAACGCUUUAAAUGAGAUGCUACGUGAGGCAACCAAAGUCAACCCAAAGCGUACAGUCAUUCUGGGAGACUUCAACUACCCUGAGAUUCUGUGGGAUCAGGAAAAGAGUUCAGCAGGGCAGGAUCACCCCGCGACACGAUUCCUUAGCGCAUGCAGAGACGCUUUCUUGGUUCAGCUUCAGAGCGAACCAACCCGAAGCAGAGUAGGGCAGACGCCAAGUCUU